AUGGCGCAGAACAAGGCGUGCUGUGGGAAGAUUCAGAGAAGAGGGGGAGGCGGAGGUGAAGGCGGUGGGUGGAGGAGGGGGAGGAGGAGGGGGUUGGCGAGGGGCGGCAGUGGCUCCGACGACCCAUCUGACGAGGAGUACGUUGUGGGAUUGGACGAGGAGGGAGAGAGCUCGUACGAUUCCUACUCGUCUGACGCCUCGAGGGAGGCCUCUGUGGACACCAUUAACGGCGCCAGUUGUUCAGAGGAAGAGGAAGAAGAGCUUGAACCAGAAGACGUGGAGGAGGUCGGGGCCGCGGGAGGAAGAUGCCGGCGACUGGUCCUGAGAAACUCGCGGGUCAAAAGGGGACCGAGGGAGGACCGAAAUUCGAAGGUGUCUUUUGUUCCCGAGGAGGAGAGCGAGAUGGAGACUCCUCCGGCGAGGAAAGCCCGGCCCGUUCCCCGGCAGAGGUCUGCAGUUUUUCCAGAAGAGGAAGAGGAGUCCGAGGAUGACGACGAUGAGGAUUUUGCGCCUGAUGAGGAGGAGGAGGAGGAGGAAGAGUUGGUGAAAUCUCCCGUCAGGAAGGCCGGUGGCGGAAAGAGUGGACCACUAAAGAAGCAGCAGCAGAACAAAACUAGGCCCGGGAAUUGGAACUACAACGUGAAUGAUAAGAGAAAGAAGGCGCCGGCGAGAAAGAGAAAUAUGCGGAUUGUUGUGAUCUCUGAUGACGACGACCUUGUUGUCGAGGAUAAGGUCCAGGAAGAUGGCGAGCAGAUGAAAAAUAAAAGGGCGCGGAUAUGUCGUCAGAGACGGCGGAAGUCGCGGGUGAUUCAUUCUGAUUCGUCCGAUUCAGACUCGUCUGACGUUGAUUUCAAGAUCGACGAGGAGGAACUGGGGGAUCUGCAAGCAGAGGGGCCUUUGGAUUGGGAGCGAAGACCCCUGUCAUCUGGGGUCCAUGGUCAAAAGAAAGGGAAAGGGAAAGAGCUUGAUGAUUUGGCGCAGAUUUGCGGAAUCUGCUUGUCGGAGGAGAAAAAGGAGGCCACCCGGGGACUGCUGGAUUGUUGCUCUCAUUUUUUCUGCUUUGCUUGCAUCAUGGAGUGGUCAAAGGUGGAGUCCAGAUGCCCCGUGUGCAAAAGGCGAUUCAAGACUGUUAGCAAGUCAGUAAGGUCGGAUGCUGGGUUCAGUUUGAGGACGACCGUCGUUAAGAUCCCCAAGAGAGAUCAGGUGUUUUUUCCCCCGUUGUUUCAUCUGAUGUUUCACAUGCUGACUAUUUUUGGCAUCUUUACAACUCCAUGCUUUGAUAUUCUCCGACGAAGACCUCCAGAUUUAGGAAAUACGUACUUGGGUUUGGAUUUUUCCAUAGUCCUCUCUAACUUUAGUCAAAAAUGUUUUUCUCCUCAACAGGCUCCUCCUGUUCCUGUCUCUUCCUAGUAAAUCCCUCCAUCUUCUCCACCUCAGCCUACUCCUCCGAUUUCACUAAAUCCUGCGCCUAUCUCAAUCCAACCAGUUGGUCAGUCUGGGUCCACCCCAAUGGCCCUAACCGCUAACUGCUGAUGAUAUGUAUCUUGGCCGCCUCCACAACUCUAUGAGUGUGACGGAAAUGGAGCCUUAGAAAAGUCGUUUCUCUUAAUUCUUUCAUCAGCUAUUUGUGUAUUCACUCCGUUCUACGAGAUUAUGGUUGGUGAUCAUCUUCAUUGACUGAAUUGGAGAGUAGUGACCACUGUGCAAGGACACGGUUGCAGAUGACCCUUCUUUGGACGUUUUUCUUGUUUUCCCUAUAGAAUAUUGCUUGUUUUAGACUAAUAUGAUGAUGAGGUAAAACUAGAGAACUCUGACCUGGAACAGAAUUGGUCUUGAGUUGACUGUUGUGGGUAGUGGAUAAUCCUGUAGGUGGUUCCUCUGGUGUAGAAUGUUUGAUGUCUUUGAAACAAAGGACUAAUCUCUUUCGGAUUUGUUUUGGAAGUUGAGCCUUUUCCCUUGACCACUGGAGUAUAUAUUGUCUCUUCUUUGGCAUUCUUUAAAAUCUACCAAAGGAACAGCGUCUUCUCCUCUUGUGAAGCUAUGGCUUGAGGGCUUCCCUUUCCUCAGGCCAAAGAUAUUUGCUGUUUCAUCUCACUUUGGUAGGUGAUGUCCUUACCCUCUGAUAGUCUUUCCGCCUGAUGCAAAUGGCAAUUGUCUAUGUCUACCAGAUUACGCCACAUAUCCUCCCAGAAAGGUAAUAACCAGAGGGAGUAAUUUCUUUGUCUUCUCCUUCCUUGAUAUAUAGCCAGGCAAUGAAGCUUGGGUAAUUAUUAUCUUCAAUUGUGUUUUUUUCUCCCAUCAAUUCUGAAUGAAGAUGCACCAAUAUCGUUGUUGAAAUCGGGGCUGAAAGUUUCCCUGUUGACUCGAGAGAUGGUAGGAAGACACAUAUCAUACUGUUGUUAGUCAUAUUGCACAUUUUUGAAGUGAAAGAUGCAUUGCGACACUUAAGUAUGGUCUCUUCCUGACAAUGUGUCCGGUGUUCCUUUCCUUUUAGAUCCUUGCUAGUAUGGCCACUUCGAGUUACUCUUUGACAGCACAUACAUAUAUAUAUAUAUAUAUAUAUAUAUAUAUAUAGAUAUAUGUAUGUAAUAUAAUCUGUAAAUGAGUUCGUAAGACCAUAAUGUCACCUGUUGAAGUUUUGGGGCACACCAAAAUGAUCUCCCUUUGACAACUAACGCACACCAUCUUCCUGAAAUUGAAAGUGUUGCUCACUGGGACUUUACUGUUUGUUUCCCUUUUUGGUGAUUGAUCGACUGUUUUUUGAAAGGCUCGGAUCCUUGCUUGGUGUUCACCCGGGGUAUCUCGAUAUAGUUUCCUUUUGUGCGCUCUUUCGUUUUUUGGAAUUACAUAGUUAAGCCUCACAGAGUUGUUAUCUGUAUACCUUUGCUAUAAUUCUGUGCGCUGAUAUAUUAUCGGUAGCCAGGGGCUAUUUACACAGCCAUCCUCCAAUUGAGAACGGGCCACAAUCAUAUCUAAUGGUUUGCAUCAAUGUCAAUGAAGCUGUACCUUCCUGCUGCUAUAGUGUCCAAGUUUUGUCUUCUUCUUCUUCUUCUUUUUCACAUCCAUGUGAUAGAGGAAAUUCUCACUAGUGGCCAUUACUAGGAACAUUUUCGACAUUACUAGGAAAUUUUUACUCUAUAGAAUGGUUUAUCUGUUGGAUUGUUAACUUAUCCUCUUUUAUGGAAAUUUAAGUAUCAAGUAGUCUCUUAUUUUUCUGCCAUCAAUAGUUGCGAUCCUUGAUCUUUGAAAGAAGAAGACAUUUAUCAUCGGAAAUUUUAUCGCUCGUGCUCCUUAAAUCGCAAAUAUCAAUAGUUUCUUUACCUACCACCCGAGAUCUUUGCUUUAAAAAACAGAAACAUUGAAUUAAAGUUUUAGCUGUUUUGAUCAUCUCUUGCAUGCGAGUUUCUGAAACAAUGUUUAGACCUCAACUCCUUCUCUCUCUAAACAUGAUAUUUCUCUGUAUCUCUACUAAUUAUGUAGAUAUCUACACUUCUUCAAACGUUCUCUCUGAGCCAAAUCAUCCCUGCAGGUUUACCAACCUUCCGAAGAAGAAAUAAGAGGAUUUCUAGAUCCAUAUGCAAAUGUAGUGUGCGUGGAAUGCCAACAGGGAGGCGACGAUAACCUCAUGCUGCUCUGUGAUCUAUGUGAUUCCCCUGCACAUACAUACUGUGUUGGGCUGGGGAGGGAAGUCCCAGAAGGCAACUGGUACUGUAAUGGGUGUAGGUCCACAGAUCCAGCGCCAUCCAAUUAUCGAGCUCAGGCAUCUUUCGUCGACCACGGUUCUAGCGGUGAACCUUGCUGGGGCAACACUUCAGUGAGCGCGCCGCAAGAGCCGCCCCAGCAGCUGGCUGCUCUGACAUGCCAGAUUCCCUCUGAAGGAGCUGCAUAUUGGUCAUCCGAUGGGCGACCAUCGCCGGGCAUGGAUCCUGGAACGCCUUCGCGAGCUUCAGGUAUCAUGGCGUCGACCCUGCUUGGGAGACGCUCGAUUCAUCAGCGGAUACGGUUUAUGCUUUUCAACGACAGAAGCAGGAGGACCCCUGAAGGACUCGCUAGAAACCCUGUGAACCAGCCCUCUUGCACAGAGGACGAUGCCUUCGGCUCCGAGAUGGAGCAGCAUGGCAACGCGAUCUGCGCCUCUGGCCAUAUGAAUGGAAGAGAUGGAAGCAGCAGCAGGUCACUGUUGGGGUCUAGAGGCAACGUGAACCUCUGGCCAUACAGCGAAGGGGGCAGCCUCGGAGCACUGGAAUCUGCAAAGGACCAUGUUCAGUCUUGA